ACACGAAUUGCUAAAAGCAGGCAUCACCGUUAACUGGAUUUAUUGAUUUUUCACCAUUUUCACGACGUGUAUGUCCAACGCAACGGCACUUCAGUUAUGUCGGGGCGUGGUGGUACUUUGCUCUACGGUCUGCCUUUUGUUUUCAAACCACCCAGCCACCCAACUACCCCCAACCAUACAAUCGCACAACACACUUGAGUGUUAUCACACUGUAUGUGGAACACCCGCACAAAUUUAGCGCAGUCAAACAAAUACACAGGCAUACACACAGUUACACUCACUCAUUCAUAUAUGAAAGUGGUUUAAUAAAUGUGCUCGUACGCUUUGUAGUCGCAGCAGCAGGACCGUAGUGUGUAGAUACAAAAAAUUUUGUUGAAACCAGCACAAAGGAUACGCUUUUCCAUAAAAACAUAUAGAAAUACUGAAAAAUUACCAAAGUGUAACGUCGAAAGCUUUAUUUAAUUAAAAGCAAAUAAUUAUUAAAUAAAUUUCGGAGUGUUAUAAAUCAAUUGGAAUUGGAAUGCGCGCACAUUUUGCUGAUGUUGGUGAUGUUGCCAUCGCAGAGGCACCCAAAGAUGCUGCUGACGAUAGCAUUGAUAGAAUUGAGGACGAGCCUGAGCCGCUGGAUGCACGUAUCGAUGAGUUCAAACAGGACUCGAAGAAUAUGGAAGUCGUCUCAGAGUUUAUUGACGAUGUGCUACAGAAGGCGGAGGCAGAGGUUGAAAAGCAGCAGGAUGCGAAAACCGAAAAAACUUCGCAACAGCCCAAGGAGAAAACGCGUCAGAGUUUUACUAUACCAGAUUUCAAGAAUGGCAAAAUGGUGAAUCGUGCGCGCGGCCUGGUGGUGCGUCUAUUCGAUGCCAUCUGCAAUUGCGCCAACACGGCAGCGGGACCGGCGCAGCGCAUCAAAUUGCGCGCCAAGCGUGCCGCCUCCACAGCCACAGCGCCAGCCACGGAGAACGGCACGGAUGGCAAAAAGCACGGUGAGGUGAAUGGCAAGGAGAAGAAGGGCGACAAGAAGCAGCAGAAGGAUGCCGGCAAAACACAGAAAGGUGAAGCUGCAGAGGAAGGUGCGGUCGCGGCAGCAGCUGCUGAGGAAGAGCUAAAGCCAACGGAAGUUGAGGGGUCAGCUAAGAAGCAGGAGAUUGAAACUGAUAAGCAGUAAUUUGUGUAAUUCUGCGGUUAAUGCGUGUGAGUAAUGAGUAAACAUUGCCAAUAAUUUAAUUUCGAUUGCUUUAAGGAGUGAGUUCAGCGGUUUGAGAGUGUGUGGUGGGUGCGCGCGGAAGUCGCAUUCGUUGUGGUGGGGUCAUGAAGUUUAGAAGAAGUGUAAACCAUAUAGAGUGACUUUACUUUAAUAUAAAACUAUGAACAUCAAAUUGUCGAAAAAUAAUAAUUGAAACAUUUAAAUGAAAGUCAAUUUUGUAGCAUUUAUGUAUUUAGGAGCAACUGUACCAACACACCUUCCAUUUAAAAAAGCUCGCACACCAUAGCGAAUUCGACUCUUGCCGUCUCACCCGUGUGCUUUCAUCACCAAGAACUUGCUGCGCUCUAAUCUAUAUGUAAUUGCCGUAUUCACUAAGUAAAAUAACUGUAAAGAAAAAGCUUACAAACCCACUUACAAAUAGUAUACAACCACUCAAUGGUUUUCCAAGCUCAAGUGCGGCUUUCCAUUUGCACAACUAUAUACAUAAUACAAUAACAACAUUUAACAUAUAUUAAUAAUAACAAAUCUUAAACAUUGUUAUUUAAAUCAUAUAUAUUAUCAUAAUUAUUUAUAACCACGCCCACAUGUCGACUGUCUAUUGACAAAGCUACCACCGCUCAAAAGAGACUUUUUUCUCCAAGCUCUAUAUACAAGUAUUAGUAGUAAAGUAGUUAUUGUAUUGGCUGCGUUAACGGUUGUUUCCGUGUAAAACAAGACUUAGAGAAGAGUAAUAUCAAUUUAUACCAUAAUUCUACAAAAGAGGUUGUUGCAAUACGAAAAAGCUCAAUAUAAUUUUUUUAUCGAUAUUUAGAAGCUUUUUGGAGUUUUACGAAGCUUUUUCGUUUGUGCUUUAUAUAAAUUAACGUGUCAGAUUUCUUAGCGUCUCAAAUUUUUCAUUUACAAUUUAGAACCUUAACCUUUGGAGUAAGGGAGAGAGUUUUGAUAGGUGAAAAAAGCUAUACUUAUAAAAGCUCGUUUAAAAAAAUUUUAUAGAAAGAUGAUGAUGAGGUAAGAUCUCUUUGAGUAAGCGAAAUGAAGCGAAGCGUUAUGACAGAUGAAAAGAAAGCUAGGGCAAUCUCUCUAUAAUGAUGAGGUAAGAUCUCUUUAAGUGAGCGAAAUGAAGCUCUAUAAAAGCUCUCUAUAAAAUCUCACCAAAGAAAACUGAAUAAAAAAUAGUUAAAACGGUGAUGAGUUAAGAUCUCUUUGAAUAAGAACGAGACAAUUUUAAUAGACGAAAAGAAAGCUAUGGCAAUCUGUCUAUAAAAGCUCAUAUAAGAUAGCUUAUUAAAAAUAAUUAAAACGGUGAUGAGGUAAGAUCUCUUUAUAAUCUCUGGAUUAUGAUAGAUGAAAACACUGCUAAAAGCAAACUGUCUAUAAAAGCUCAUCCUUGAAAGCUUUCAACAAAUAAUUAAAACGGUGAGGAGGUAAGAUCUCUUUAAGUAAGAUAGAGUGGAUUAUGAUAGAUGAAAACAAAGCUAAAAGCAAACUGUCUAUAAAAGCUCAUCCUUGAAAGCUUCCAAAAAAUAAUUAAGACGGUGAUGAGGUAAAAUCUUUUUAAGUAAGAGAGAGCGAGUUAUGCUAGAUGAAAACAAAGUUAAAAGCAAACUGUCUAUAAAAGCUCGUUUUAGAAAGCUUCAUAAAACAGAGUUAAACGAUGAUGAGUUGAGAUCAGCUUAGCAAUUUGAUUUAUAUUUAACAGCAAUACAAUAAAUAUAUUUCUAUUUACGAAAGCUCGCCGGGAGUUAAAACUAAAAAGCUCGCAAAAGAGCUUUCGUAAUAACAUGUUAAUUUCUUAUAAAUUAUUUUAUUAAGAUUUAACAGCAAUACAAUAAAUUUAUUUUUUCUAUUUACGAAAGCUCGCCGGGAGUUAAAACUAAAAAGCUCGCAAUAAAGCUUUUUUAGUAACUUAAUUAAUUUUUUAUAAAUCAUAUUUUAAAUGAAUAUUUUUCAGUUUUAAGCGUUUCUUGAAAAUUUCUUGCUUUGCAAAGUACGAAAUCCAAAGCUCUUAACUCGGUUUCAAAAGCUUUUUCGGUAAAAACCAAAAAUAUCUGCAUGAGUUUCGAAACAAACAGCCAUAUCAACAACUACUACGUAUAUACAACAACAACUAUC